UAUACUGAAGAUGGCGUCUCCAAAUGGAGGUGAUGACUUUGAGUCUUCUUUGCUGAGUUUUGAGAAGCUGGACAGAGCGUCACCAGAUCUAUGGCCUGAACAAUUACCUGGAGUUGCAGAAUUUGCUGCAUCUUGUAAAAAUCCCAUCACCAACUCUCCCCCUAAAUGGAUGGCUGAACUAGAGAGUGAGGACAUUGAAAUGUUGAAAGAGCUGGGCAGUCUGACUACAGCCAACCUGAUGGAGAAGGUGAAAGGACUUCAGAACCUCGCUUACCAGCUGGGCUUAGAGGAAUCCAGAGAAAUGACCAGAGGCAAGUUCCUGAACAUCUUGGAGAGGCCCAAGAAGUGAAGAAUGUUUUGGUUUUUGUGUCCUUGCAAGCAACAGGAAAUAUGGGACUGCAAGGUGAAUCUUGAUUUAUGUUUACCGACAUGCUCUGAACUUGUUCAGAUCUUUGCAACAAUGUUCAAAGACUUUCAAUAUUCAACUUCAACGCUGAAAUGGAGCAAACCUCUCACUCUCCACAGCUGCCAGUCUUCUUUCUAAAACUUCCAAGUGCUCCAAACACCUUGGUGCACCUGUCCUCCUACAUAGAUAGAUGCCUUCUUUUACUUUUAUCAAACCUGAAGAUGAUUAUUUAGUUUUCGCUAAAGUUCACUGUAGACUUGCCUUGAUUAAAUGUUCCCUAUUUAUUCUUAUUUCUAUUUUAAAAAUGAUUUACAUUUUUGCAAUUUGUGAAGUUG